AUGCAAUCCAUUAUUCUGGCAGUAAUAUUCAUCCUAAACUUUCGCACCCAAUCUCUUGUCCAGGGUGCACCUUCUGAGGCUGACUGGCAGGAAUUGCAAGAGGCCGUAGGGGGCAGGCUCUUCACAGCAGAGCCCCUUGCUCGACCAUGCUUCUCAACUUUCCAAGGAAAAUCCGUGGAGCCUAAUCUUGCAGAGUGUAUCACAACAAAACAAGAUUACUUGAAUAGCACUUUCAAGACCGCCGCGUACGCUGGCUUCGUUCACUCAUACAACGAGGCUUGUGCAUCCAACGUUACGGACCAGUGUCUACUUUCAGCGGCCACACUGUCAACAACUGGUGGCAAUGACACUACUACCGCGGCUCCACUCACGGGCCCCUGCAACCAGGGGAUACUGUCCGAGAAAUACAUUGCCGUAGCGAGAGCCGAGGAUGUGCAGGCUGCGUUCAGAUUUGCCCUUCGCACCGGCAUACCGCUUUCUGUCAAGGCGACAGGCCAUGACUACGCCGCACGCAGCAGCCGCAAAGGUUCCCUGGCCUUGUGGACACGCCAGCUGAGCGGUAUCGAGUUUAAUCCAUCUUUUUCCCCUGCCGGCAGCUCUACAUCGCCGGUCGCCGCCAUCACGGUCGGCAGUGGCGCAAACCUUGGCGAAGUGUACAAGUUUGCCGAUGGACACAACGUCACCUUCAUUGGCGGUUCCUCCGGCACAGUUGCGGCAGCCGGCGGAUUUAGUCUUCUUGGUGGACACGGCACUCUGACACCGCUAUACGGCAUGAGCGCAGACCGCAUAUUGGAAUUGACUGUUGUUACGCCGGACGGCGAGCUUCGCAAAGCCAACGCUGAUACAAAUCAGGACCUCUUUUGGGCGCUGCGUGGAGCAGGUAGUGCCACCUUUGGGGUGGUGCUUGAUGCCACUUUCAAAGUAGAGCCGGUUAUACCUAUCACAUUGGCUUUAAUGAGCUUUAAUGCUACAAGUCUCAACACUGAUCCCUUCCUCUCCCUGCUUAUCAAUCACACUUCAAUCUGGGCGGAGGAAGGCUGGGGAGGGCCGAUGAGUAUGUCCACACUUGCCCUUGUCAAUCCGACCAUGUCACUGGAUGCGGCAAACAGCUCUAUGCAGGAAGUGGCAAACUACGUAUCUGCUCAAGGUGGUACCAUCAUUCUAGAGAGACUACCUUCUUUUUAUUCCUUCUUCACCAAAUACGUCGAGUCCGCCAGCUCGACUGGCACUGGCACCGCGACUUUCGCUACCUUUCGAACCCUCCCGAAGAGCUUGCAUCAAAGCGAAGAGGGACGGGCCGCCAUGAUCAAGACCAUUCAAAACAUCAAAGCCGCUGGUCUUGACACAUUCAUAUUUCAGACGACACCUAACAAGUCCCCUUACGUGCCGGGCUCCAACACCGUACACCCAUCGUGGCGCGAUAGUUAUUGGUUGGUGGGCACAUCUAUCUCCUGGCCAUCCAACGAUGCCAGCCUCGAGGAGCGCAUGCAGGUUGCGGCCAUUUUGCAGGAGGUUUCUAAAAACCUAACUGAUCUGGCUCCCGCGGGUAGCAUGUAUCCUAACGAGGCUGAUCCCUGGACCAAGAACUGGGCCAAAGAAUUUUGGGGGGAGGGAAACUACGCAAAGCUGCUACAGGUGAAAAUGAAAUACGAUCCAAACAACCUGAUUGGUUGCUGGAAGUGCGUAGGCUUUGAGGAUGGACUCAUGGAAACGGAUCCGGCCAUGCAAUGUCUUGGAGCGUUCCAAACGGCUGGUAACUAG